AUGGACCCCUUGCCGCUCGUGCGAAGUGAGGAGCAAUUGACGCUCAACGUGGGCGGCACGCUGUACACGACGACGCUGGCCACGCUGACGACGGGGAGGGCUCGAGGAAGCCGCCUCGCCGCCACGUUCGCAGAUCAGGGCGGAGUCGUUGACGCAGCUGUUGGUGGCAACGCCUUUUUCAUCGAUCGCGACGCCGACGCGUUCCACCACGUCCUCUACUGGCUGCGCACUAGCAAGAUCAAGAGCAGCGUGCUGGACAACCCCGUAGUCGCAGAGUGCGUGCGCGAGGAGGCCGUUUUCUUGCAUCUGCGAGCACUCGUUGAGCAACUCGGUGACGCACAAGCAACACGGCGUGUGGACGGCGCGAAACGCCUGACGCAGAAGGAAUUUAUGGUCAUGUACAAUUGCGACUCCCACGCCAACUCCCAGACACCAGGCCACGCAAGUGUUCAAGGACUUGACCUUUCGGGCCUUGAUCUGCGCGGGCUGUCCUUGAGAUCUUGGUGUUUUCGUGAUGCCAACCUCGAAGGUGCUAACCUCAGUGGUGCCAAUCUAAGGCAAGCUGUCCUCACUGGUGCCAACCUGAGAGGUGCAAACUUGUGCGGGUGUUACUUGGAGCACGCUGACUUGACUGGAGCUGACCUGACGGGCGCCAAGAUGGACAAGGCGACGAAACUCACUGAAGCGGUCCUGCGCAAGACAAAGCUUUUGAGUGCUCGCUGUGCUGGAGUCAUUGCACCUCGAGCUAACCUACAACAAGCCGAUUUGACAAACGCCAACCUGACUGGCGCCAACUUGGAGAAAGCAGAUUUCAACGAUGCAACGAUGACAGGCGCCGUACUUCGGGGUGCAAACUUGAGUGGGUGCGACCUUCAAGGCAAAAAUCUACAUGGACGUGAUCUUUCAGGUGCCAACCUCAGCAGCAGCAACCUGGUUCAGGCGAAUCUGAACAGCGCCAACCUUCGAGGCAGCAAUCUCACCAAUGCCAACUUGACAAAAGCCAGUUUGGCCAACACAAACCUGAACGUUGCCAACUUACAAGCUACCAACUUGAUUGACGCCAAUCUGACUGGUGCCAACCUCCAAGGUGCGAACUUGAGCAACGCUCGACUUCAGGGGACCUUGCUUCAGGGUGCCACCCUUCAAGGCGUGGAUCUCAGUGGCUGCGACUUGCAGGGCCUGGACUUCAGCGGUUAUGAUCUUUCAAAUGCAAAGUUGGUGGGAGCCAACUUGAUUGGCGCCAACCUCUGUGGUGCGGACCUGAGCAACGCUCGACUUCAAGGGACCUCGCUUCAGGGUGCCACACUCCGAGGCGUGAAUUUCAGCGGCUGCGGCUUACAGCGCUGGAACCUCAGCGGUUGUGAUUUCACAAUAAGCCUCACGUACCUUGUGGCUGUCAUCAACCCCUCCUCACCUGAGGGUGCGAAGUUUGUCGGAGCAAACAUUACUGGCGCCAAUCUGUCCCACGCGAAUCUGACCCAGGCGGACUUCACUAGAGUGUGCCUGGAACGAGCAAACCUGGAGGGUGCAACUUUGUCGCAAGCAUCAUUUGGACCAGUUACCUCCGUGCCUCGGAACCGCUUGCCUCUCGGCGGCGAUCCCGAGCCCUUGGCACGUUGUCUUUCCAUCACAAUAGACAUGUACGGACGCACAACACGCGACUCCAAAGCCAACCUGAAGCACGCCAACCUCAACAAUGCCGAGUUGAUUUCCGUUGACCUUCGCAACGUCAACUACGAAGGCGCAACAUUCGACGGAGCAGACCUGACAAAUGCGCGCGUCGAACGUGCCCGCAAUUCACGCCAUUCUGCGCAUGGCUCCGUGCCCGAGCAAUUUGCCAAGGCCAAAACCACCGACACGCAAUGGACGUAUUCUCGGCACUAUUGA